GCUCUUCACUACCCGCACGAGAGCACUGAACGAACUCAGGCAUCAAGACAUAAUGGUCAAUCUCGCAGGCAAGGAAGUAGGAGACAUUGGGUACGGCCUCAUGGGCCUGACAUGGCGGGCAAAUCCACCUCCACAAGAGCAAACCUAUGAAUCAAUGCGCACCGCCCUGGCGCUUGGAGCCAAUGCGUGGAACGGCGGCGAGAUUUAUGGCACCCCUCAGCGCAACUCUCUGCACCUCCUCAACGAGUACUUCACCAAGUGGCCAGAGGAUGCCGAGAAGGUCGUGCUUUCAAUCAAGGGCGGCGUUGUGCCUGGCGGGCUCCAACCUGAUGGGAGCAAGGCGAACGUCACGCGCAGUAUCGAGGAGUGCCUGGCGGUCUUGGACGGCAAGAAGUUUCUCGAUCUGUUCGAGUGCGCGCGGGUCGAUGUGCGGGUGCCGCUCGAAGAGACUAUUGGAACGAUCGCGGAGUACGUAAAGGCGGGCAAGGUGGGCGGCAUCAGUCUGUCCGAGGUGGGCGCGAACACGAUCCGCAAGGCGCAUGCUAUCCAUCCUAUCUCCGCGGUGGAGGUUGAAUUUUCGCUGUGGGCCACCGACAUCUUAGAGAAUGGUGUGGCGGCGACGUGUGCGGAAUUGGGCAUUCCCAUUGUCGCAUACUCACCCCUGGGUCGAGGGUUUCUGACCGGACAGUACAAGACGGCCGGCGACGUGCCUGAGAACUCGGUUAUGAAGAUGUUGCCGCGGUUCCAGCCAGACGUGUUCGACGAAAACAUGAAGCUCGUACUCGAGGUCGAAAAGAUUGCGACCAAGAAGGGCUGCAAGCCAAGUCAGAUCGCCAUCGGCUGGAUCCUCGCCCACAGCGGGCAGAAGGGAAUGCCCAACGUCAUUCCGAUCCCGGGAGCGACCACCCCGGAGCGCAUUGCGGAGAAUAUGAAGCCCGCGAAGCUGGACGACGACGAGAUGGCCGCGCUCGAGGAGAUUCUGAAGCGAUUCCCGCCGAUUGGUGCGCGGUACCACGAGGCGGGCAUGAAGCACGCGGAGCUGUGAGGAGGGGGGGCAACGGUAUCGUGGACGCCUGUAGCAAGCCGUGUUCGCCUGUAGCAAGCCGUGUUAGCCUUGUGCCGCGAUGUAGAGUGUGAACGAACGGACGGCGCUUGAGGAAGGGGGUCAGAUCAAGUGUAGUGAAUAGAGCAGUCCGCAUUCGGCUUCUGUGAGCGAAACCGUUGGCAUUGCAGAACUCGAUGCUUCAUCAGGAGGGCGGGGAGAGGACUUGGCUCAACAAUGGCUUACCGUGUGUACUCUCGCGCGUCGCGAUGGGCCAAGCUGGCGG